AGCUGCAGUGCAGCAGCCAACCAGCAGCCAGCGAGCCGAGCCUCACACGGAAGUAUGGAGGAAACGAAGAUACAAGUCAACGGCUGCCAGACUGACCCCCUCUGCAUGGGCCCAUAAACAUGUCCACAGAUGACAGUAUCUCUGAGGAUGUGUCCAGCUCGGGGGCUUUGAGCCAUUGCCAUGUCAGUCCUGACGGGGAUGGGGGUAAGGAGAGCGAGACCUCUCUGCUGUCCUCUGAGGGGACAUCGGCCUCGGGGCCGGCUGUCUCGGAGGACAGACGCACAACCUCCCAAACAGCAGGAGGCGCUGUGGCGAGCAGGCCCGUGGACAUCACACCAGCACGCCACAAGAUCAGGAGUCUGUGUCUGAGCACAGAUGAAGCAUUCAACCAAGGGAAGAUCCUCCCAUUCAUCAACCCCAGCUCCCUUGAGACCUUCAGAGCUUUGGUGGAGGAGAUCCAGAGCAGCGGAGAGACUGACCCUGAGAUCUGGAAGGAUUGCGAGGGUCGAUGGUUGCAUCUGUUUCAGCUGGUUGAGAAGCAAUACCAAGAGCAAAUUCUCGCUCAGCAAGAACAAUACCAGUGCCAAAUACAGUUGAUUCAGGAUGAAAUUAAAGCCCUGGUUCAGCUCCAGAACCGCCAUGCCAGCGUCCAUCCGCACACAGACUUCUCUCCAACUUUGGUGAUCAAAACUGACCCGAACACAAAGGACUAUAUUUUCCCCCUCAUCUCCAGCCACUGCUGGGUCCCAGUGGCCAGUGACAAUGUCAGUCUGGCCGCCCCUGCCCUCAUCCCAUUUAGCUCCCCAUAUCCUCCGACCCGGAGACCGGAAACCAGAGACCAGAGGGAGGAGCGGACCGCCACGGUGCUCAGCAGCGGGUACGGGACUCUGUCUGCUUGGGAAACGGGUCCGGAACCGGCUGGGUCUCCGGGGGAGGAUGAGGAUGGUUUUCAAGGGAGGGAGAAGCAUCACUGGUCCCCUCAUCUCCGGGAAGACGCAGAGACAAAUGUGAUUCAGGGUCAACAGGAUAUUUUGCAUGUGAGGAAUAUCGGAGUGGAUGAAAUGAACCCAUUAAACUACCAGCAGAGAACCUUUGGCACCAGCCCGUUAGUGACCUCCUGGGCCCAGAGGAAGAAACUCCGGCCCAAGAAGAGCAAAGCGGGACGAGCUUCAUCCCAAAUCCCAGAGUACGAGGAGCCGCUAUUCGGCGUCAGAGAAUCCCACAAGCAAAUCCCGCCGGACGGCGCAGACCUUCAAGACCAGCAGCGACCGUCCGGGCCGCCGUCGAUCUCUUUCCCCCUGAGGAGGAGUGACAGCAUGAUGUCUGAGGCAUCAGGCCUCACCUAUUGGCGUCUGACUGAGAGUGAACUGUAUCACCCGCUACCGGACAGCUUCGACAGCGGCGCUUACCACCUUCUGCAAGAGGCAUCCUUGAGUCUUACUCCGUCUCAGGAGCCUCGUGCGUCUCUCAGAGAGAUCUAUCAGAACAAGCAACGAACAGACUGUAAGCACUCCGACUGGGGAGGCUCCGUUACCUCCAGUCCUUCGUCUCCACAGGUGUUGACCUGGGACCCGGCAGCGAACCAGCGGCAGUCAGAUCGAACCUCCGGCUUCACUUCGCCCUCUCGCUUCAGCAGCCCAUCGUUCGCCGCUCAACCCCACCCUUACCCCAGAGUGGGGACCCCUGUGACCCCCGACAGCAUGGCGGAGUGCAGUCCCAACCCCGGAGAUACGGACUGCAUCUCUAACACCUCCAGUGCUUCGGCCGCCGGACCUUCCCCUUCUAACGAGCGAAGCUUGUGGGGAAACGCGUCCCGGGCCGCCCCGUUUACCCUCCAUGGUAAGAACCAGUCUUACUCCCACACAUCCAGCCAGCAACGCGGAGCCAGCGGCCCCUUAGCCAGUGAGGAGGAGGGCAGUCACACCCACACCAGCACCCUGAAGCCGUGUUCAGCCUCUGCUGCGUCUCCGCGGCCUGAAGCCAGUGCACACACGCAGAGGGCUUCAUCACUGGAGGAUCCUGUCGUCCUGUCUCUACUGAGGCAGAACCUGAGGGAGAAGCACUCCCGACACGUGGCGGACCUGAAAGCGUAUUACGAGUCUGAGAUUCAAAGCCUGCGAGACAAACUGAACCUCAGAGAUCUGCCCCGGGAUUUGGAGAAGAGCAACCAUGUCAUCACAGAGAGGUGCAAGCACCUGGAGAAAGCUCUCGCCGGGGCCUCGGCUCGCAUUCAAGAACUGGAGGAAACAAACUGCUUGUUGGAGAAAGAACUGGUAGAAUGGCCGGACCGGUACGCCGUGGCCGGCGCCGCCGUGAAAACCUUGCAGCAGCGACUCGAAGAAAGCAAGCGCUCGGGCAAAGAGAAGGACGCCCUGGCGGCGGGUUUGAAGAGCCGCGUUCGGCAGCUGGAGGAGGAGCUGCAGAAAACCUGCAGGGAGGCGGACGAGAGGGAGGCGAGGAGGGACGGAGAGGACAAGACGCUGCAGGAUCUGCUCGGACAAUAUGACUCUCUGGCGAAGGAGCACGAGGGACUAAAGAACAACCUGCUGUCAACCGAGAACAAGCUCUACGAUGCCACCGAUCAGAUAUCAGAACUGAAGAGAUUAAUCUCCAAACUGGAGUCUCAGGUGAAGCAGCUGGAGCACGAGAACCAGGCCAGGGCUCGUUAUUCUUCCCACAGUAACACACAACCGUCCGGGGCCGGUCUCUUCCACCAUCCUGACCUGCUGAUGUCACCCAGCAAAUGCACCGCAGAGCCGGACGUCACCCGCAGGAAGUCGCCCUCUGACCAGCUGAACGGCGGCAGGAAAUCCCCGUUCCUUCAAACUAACCUAUCGAGUAUCCACCGGAAGUCAAAGUAUUCCAAAAAUGAUCAAUCGCCAGUACCUGGAAGCUCAGUGGACUCCUCUCCAGCUGGGGGGAGCUGGAGGUGUCCGUCUCCCCCGGAGUGCGAACAAGCGGCGCCUCAGCAGCGGCACCAGGAGCAGAGCCAGCGGGAGGCGGCUCGCAGGGACGGCUCCUGCUCCCUGACGCCCGUGAUGAGGGCCCUGAUACAGCUGGAGGAGACCAAAGCCACGGAGAGCCGGGCCCCCUGGGUCGGCAAUCAGAGGACCGCCGUCGGGAGACACAAAGAGGCGAUUCAGGAGCGAGGCGGGCUUCAGGCGGACCGGGAGGCGGGGAAACCUGCAGGAGUGGAGCGAGGAGGAAGAGGAAGAGGAGGCGCAGCAAAAAGAGCUGCUCUGCUGAGAGCUCAGAGGAGUCUGUCUCCGGAGGACCACCGGUCCUCGUCACUGCCUCCAGAACAUCGUAGCAAACCCUCGACCACGCCCACAAAGAGAGAAACUUUACUCAUGCCCAUGUCUGGUUGGUCCAGCCCCAAACGCUGCCCCACGGAGAACUACUCCACGGCUUUUGGGCACCUGAUGCCAAGAGAGGAACACCUGCACACGAGGAGCGAUGGACAAGUGGACCGGAGACGCCAUUCAUUGCACAGCAGCGGCCCCAGGAAGAGGCUCCAGUUCACGUCAGCAGACGGGGAAGACGGCGUGAACCCCCCGGAGGGAAACUCCCAGCUGGGCUGGGAGGAUCAAGGAGUCCGUGCCAGAUCCGACCCGCAAGACUCCUGCGAGCACUCGGCUCCGCUUCUCCCGGAGUCUGGACUCCACUCGCCGGCUGAGGCCGAGAUACUGUUUGACGAGCUGACGCAGGAGAAACUGCAGAUUGAGGCAGCUCUGAGCCGGAUACCCGGAGCAGGUGGGAGAGCGACUCUGCAGACCAGGCUAGAUGAGGUGGCCUUGGAGGACCGUCUGGAGAGACUGAAUCGUGAGCUGGGAUCCAUCCGCAUGACCCUGAAGAGAUUCCACGUCCUUCGCUCUUCUGCCAACACAUAGCAAUGUCCGUCUUUUUUCAUCAAGGCGUCGAUGAAGCUACAACUUAGUGUCUUGGGUUUUAUACACUGAUCCACCGAUUGUCUCCGUGUGCCAUGAGUUCAUUUGUACAGUAACUCCUCCACGACAUCUUUUUAUACGUACUGCUCUGGGAUAUUUUCUUAUGUGUCUGAAAGAUAUUGCAAUUUUUUGGAGCAUAUAUUUUUUUGUAAUGCACAGAUUUGUAAAAGUCGUUUACUUUUUUUAGUCAGAGAAAUAUUUAUAUGAUAUGUUUUACUUCGCCAUAUUCAGGUGUAUAUAUUUUUUAUUUUUUAAAUCUGCUAUGUGAUUGAUCAAAAAGGUUUUCCAGCAGAGACAUUCAUCCACUUUGGAAACAUCACUGCCAUUUUUGUUCAUUUGUUUCUGGAAUUUUUUUAUUUUUUACAUCAAAUAUUUAUUUUAUGUUUCUGAAUGUAUUUUACAGAGUUUUUUCUAUUUGUUUUUGGACCAACUUUAUCAAACUUGAAGAAAAUAUUUUGUGUACUUGAAUAAAUCUCAUUUUUUCUUUGUUUAAGUUUCAUUACUACCUGUCAGUUUCUUUUUUGUGUGUUUCAUAUCCAGCCGGUGUAAUGGCGAUCCGGAUUAAAUUCACUUGUAACAUCCAAACCAGCACACGUUUUCAGUAAACACACGCACACACACACAAACACACAUGCACAAACUUUCCUCAGUUGUUUGUUUCUCCUCUAGUGAUGCUUGUGCAUGGAAUUUCAUGCACUGCUUCCUUUUGCCAUGCUAUAUUUUUUUUAUAACAUACAUGAACUUCACUGAAACUAAUAAUGUUGUUGUUGUUGCACAAUAAAUUUGACUUUUUAAAAAUAUUAA